UAUCUGUUGGGAUUUGUGUCAGGGUUCUGUGCUCUCUACUUUGCGCUAUGGCGCCGCCACGACCGACGACAAUGCGCCGAGGGUUGAUGCCUGUUAGUCCGGACCCAAAUCAGCGGGCUUAAUGGCUGGCCGGGCACAUAAAACCGGUGCGCACUCCUCGCCAGCUUUUAGUUGGUGCGGGCACGCGAGACGCGAAGAAACAACUCUCUCAAAGCGGAAAUCGUAAAUCGGAAAUGUGCUAAGGAUAUACACACCGAGAUACAGAUACGAGAUCAUGGCGGCCUGCUACAAUGCCUACAGCGCUGGAUCGCAGUCCUUUGAGUUCGACGAGGACGACGACGACGCCUCCUUCGACAGUGGCUACGAGAAGAGCUUCGAGACGGAGGCCCAGUUGAGCUCGCGCCGCCGCUUGGACUUCGGCACUCCGCCGACUCCGGCGAUCCCGCAACCGUACUCCGGCGGCACCUGGGACGCCGUACCGCUCAGCUCUCCGCCGGCGGGCUUCGUGGGACUACUCGAUACGAGCAGCAAUCACAGCACUCGGAGCGGCAGGACGCUGGUGGAGCAUCUGAACAGUCGCGCCACGACUGGCGCCUUCGAUCCGCCAUUGACUAGUACGCCGUUGAAGUCGCCAGAGGAUCCGGAUGCACCGCGACCGAAACGCAAAUACGCCGUCGGCAAGAACAGAGUAACUCGCUCGCGCAGUCCCACCCAAGUGGUAAAGAUCAAGCGAUUCCGCCGCAUGAAGGCCAAUGACCGGGAGCGGAAUCGGAUGCAUAACUUGAAUGAUGCACUGGAGAAACUGCGGGUCACUCUGCCCUCGCUCCCCGAGGAGACGAAGCUGACCAAGAUCGAGAUCCUACGAUUUGCGCACAACUAUAUCUUUGCCCUGGAGCAGGUGCUGGAAAGCGGAGGUUCAAUCAACCUGGAUCUGGAGAAGCUGCAGAACUUCACGCUGAGUGGUGAGAGGAUCACCAAGGAGCUCUUCGAUGCUCUUUUCGUAAAUCCACAGCCGUAUCCCAUGUUCGGACGAAUGUUCCCCUAUGGCCAGGGCAUGGCGCCUCUUGUCCAGCAUCAGACCGCUCCAUCUUCGCUGGCAGAGCAGCCGCCGGCGAUGGGUGGCUUUCAGCACGGCAUGGACUACCCGCAGCAGCCACCUGGAUUCGACUUUACAGGCAGCAUGCGGUUUUACCACCAACAGCAGCAGCAGCCGCAGCAGCCGCAGCAGCCGCAGCAGCCGCAUCAGCCUCACCAUCUGCAGCCUAAUCCCCAGCAGGAGUCCAGCCCGCAGCAGUUCUCGCAGGAGAAAUACGAUCUGUUCAGGGGAUCCUUCGAUGCAGCUGCCAAUCUUCAUCCUACUAACCUGGAUUCCGGGAUUCACCAGCAGAGCAGCUUCUACUCGCAAACGCCGCCAUGGAAAGACUAUCCGGAGGAUCAGGCACAAGCGCAUGCAGUUCCACAUCCACACAGCUACAAACACUUCGCCCCACAGGUGUAGCACAGUUUUGGGGGCCAAACUACGAUCUUAGGGUUUUAGGUUUUCAGCGUGAUAUACUAAAAGAUUGCCGGGUAUUGCAGGAAACUGAUCAAGGGGAAUCCCCAAGAGACUUGCCCCCGACUUACUUUGCAAAGAAAACUAAAGUAACUUAUGGGUCCCAUCUCGGGGUUUCCCUUGCUCACUAUUCUCAACUGCCUGGCAAUCCGUUGAUAUUGGUAAUAAGUGAGGCACCUAAUUGACUGCUGGGGUUAUCGUCAGCUUUGGAAAUGGAAUAGCUUAAAAAUUCCACAUUCCACACUUACGCUAAUCCUUGAACUCAAUUAGUUUCAUGUUAAAGCGGGAUCCUCAAUAGAUCAACCAAUGUAAAGCUGACCAUCCAAACUAAAGCUUCACUAACUCAUUAUUAUUUCAUAUUGAAUCCAAGAAUAUUGGCAUUCAUUGGCUUUUUUCUUGCGGAUCCCUGGUGAAUAUUUGAAUUCAAAGUGCUUAGGGUAAUCAUCUUUCCAAAAAGCACUCUGCCUCUCAACAUAUUCGUAUGCUACUUGACUAUAUAGUACAAAUCGGUUGUCCAUUUAGUGUAAGCGAUACGUACCUUGCCAUUCUAGAUUUAAGACCUCACUAUAACGAUCAUUGAAAUGAACCAGGUAUUAGCCAUAAUUAACUAUACAGUCGAUUAAGUGUAUGUCAGAUUCUAUAUCAGUUAUUGCAAUGCAAGGAAAGCGAGCUAGUCAGGGCCAGAACUUUAAGGUGAUAAGAUUGAAUUGUACGUCGAUGUAAGCCAUAAAGAUUUAUUUUUGGAAAUAAAGUUGAUGAUCAAAACGA